GACUGUAGUUUAAAAAAAAAAAAAACUAUGAACAAAUGCGGACAUAGUACAUGAGAUGACCAGAGACUGCGGACAUAGUACAGGAGAUGACCAGAGACUGCGGACAUAGUACAGGAGAUGACCAGAGACUGCGGACACAGUACAGGGGAUGACCAGAGACUGCGGACAGUACAGGAGAUGACCAGAGACUGCGGACACAGUACAGGAGAUGACCAGAGACUGCGGACACAGUACAGGAGAUGACCAGAGACUGCAGACAGGGGAUGACCAGAGACUGCGGACACAGUACAGG